AUGGGCGGCAGAAAAAAGUUCAAUCAGUGGCAACGCUGGUCAAACGAAGUGAUUCCUUCGCUAAUCGGUCCAUACCUCACAUAUCAAUACAAAUCUUCUUCGCUCCGUCAUCGGCCUGCACUUCAAAAUGAUCCUGUCGAGUGUACGGCUUCAUGCCACAGGAGGACUUUAGAAGUGACUUGUGUUUUUUUCAAUUGUACGAACUCACCAUAUUGUUAUGUGGCUCGAAUUGACCGUAGUCCAGAUUUAGAGGUUUUGAACAUUGACUGCUGCCCCUGCGCACCCGCACCCCUUCAACUUCUUAAGUUGGGGCUAUUUGCAUGUGCACCCAUAGCUCCAUCUCUUGCUGUUGACCUACGUGUACUAGAGCUCGUUAGGACUCUUUUUGUACGGAUCACCCCCAAUACAACAGCCUGGUGUGAAGCAUUGGAAGUUUUUCUAACAGCUCGGGGUUACAAACUUUCUACCAAGGACAAUCUUCGCCGCCGCUUCAGUAACGCGUAUCAUUGGUACUCAGUCCUUGUGAUGAAUGCUGGAGACCACGUAUACAGCCUCAUUUCACAACAUCUUCCUUCGCUGUUCUUUGGGGGACGAAUUUGUUUUGGAAUGCAGGAUUGGCAAAAGGAUCACAGUUCGCGUCUCAAGCUAGAUUGCCAUGUAUGCAUCGAUGCAUGCUUCACACAGAAACGGUCAGCCAAUUCACGUGGGGCCGAUGGCCUAGAUCCGCCAAACCCAACACGAUCAGUUUUCAUUUCGGACGAAGAGGUCGCACGGAUGGAAGCUCACGUACUUGCCUGUCGAGGCUCCCUACCUGGUCGUGGAACAAAACGCAAGAAGCCGGAAGGCGACGAAGACGGGUACGAAGAUGGUAUGCGCAUCCCUGUAUCGACAUUGGAUGCCUGCAGGGAAUCUUUUCUUGCUGCCGACGAAAAACGAGAGAAAGCUAGCACCCGUUUCUUCGCCGAUACGGGAAUCAUGGCCUUACUUUGUCGUCAUGAUUGUGUCUUAUGGUUGGUCAAUAUGACAUCAGCAGGUGAAAAACAAUAUUAUGCGCUUGCACUUAUUAAAAAGCUCUUCGAACAUCUUCCGCCAACCAUUGACCGUCGGUAUCUUCUCGAGCGUAGUUGUCUUAAAUACCAACUUCUCGAGCAAGGUAUUCUCUCACGUAUCGUCUUUUCUAUAUCCGUAUUUCACGCGUACGGACAUCAGUGGCCUUGUCAGCUUAUUUAUCACCCUCGCAAAUGUGAAGGGUUUGGACUUUCUGACGGAGAGGGCUGUGAGCGCCUGUGGAGCGCUCUCAAGAUGUUGAUCCCCCCCCUUGCGGGUCUCUGGGUUCGGCAUCUUGACGGCAAAAAUCUCGAUACAUUUGGCGAGUGGCUGAGUCGCAGAUGGACUCGUUGCCAGACAAAGAAGAGCAAUGAAGCUAAUAUACGCCCGGAAUGGAGGGCUCAGGUCGAGCACCAAACGAAACCAUUAUCCAGGAGAUCAAAAACCAACAAUGACGAGCAAAUAUCGAAGAUUUUGACCCUCGAGCGAACACUCAGUAACCUGGACGAUUCCGUUCGUGCUCUUGAGAUGCAGCUCUGUGCUGGCAACACUCUUAACAAUGUUGACUUCAACCUUCGACUUGCAGACGAACGCACCCACCGGUCCAAAGUUGCUGAUACUCUGCGACGAUGGAAGGCAUCCCUUGGCAUCGGGCAACUUAACGAUCUUCAACAACUCCGACGUAGUAUAUUCCUUCAAAUUCGUCUUGAUGCGCAAGCUCGCAAAUUUGAAAUUGAGAGGUUUGAACGGUCGUACCGUCAGACAGUAAAUGAGCACAAGCUUCAUGUGCAUGCAGAAGCUUCAAUUCAACGGCGCAACCCUACCAUACGAAAGCUUGUCACAACUUACAACAACCUCUGUGCGCCUCAUUCUAUCUCUCCGACUGGUAUCUUUCAGCUUGACGUAGAUGAUGACAUCUGGCAAGAUGUUGGACUUGACGGCAAUGACAUGGCCCCACCUGCCUGGCUAGCGGAUGAAAAUAUGCGCGCAGCAAUUAAGUUUCAACUUGAGGAAAGGGCUCGUAUCAUGCGAGAACGUUGUGUUCUCCAGGAGUGGAUGAUGGCUGAGUGGGAUGCCUUGCAGGAGGCUCGCACUCGUGCAGCUGCUGUGUAUGAUUCUGAGAAUGACUGGGAGUCUGAUGAGGAGAGGGAGAAUGAUGAAUUGAUAGAUGAAUUGGAGGAAGCUGCAUUGGCUGGAGCAUAUAUAGAUCUUGACUCGGAUUCAUAUGAUAUAUAG